CCAUGUCCCUGUAAAAAUUUAAUCAAUCAGGCCACCUAACUUUUUGUUUUCUUUGUCAAACCGAUUUGGAGCGCAAAUUUUUCCUUAAUUUCCAUCGUUUUUCAAUCGAUUUUGUGUUAAAAAUCAACUUUUUCAGCAAACAAAUUUCGCCGGCAAAUUUCUCGAAAUCGUAAAUCAUGCCAAAGACCAAGAAGGAAGAAACAAGCGACUCUGACAGCGGUCCCGAAGAUCGUGGUCCAGUUAAGAAGCAAAAAACUGCCGGCAACAGUUCCGGCAGCAACAAAAGUGGCGAUCCGGAUCUUUUGUGCGACUUGGGACGCAAUCGUCAAGUUCGUGUGAGCGAAUUCAAAGGGCGUCGUUACUUGGAUAUCCGCGAAUUUUAUUUGGACAAAGGAUCGGGCGACUUGAAACCCGGCAAGAAAGGCAUUACAUUGAUGUUGGAUGAGUUCAACAAGUUGGUUGAGAAUGCGGAUGCCAUUCGCAAGGCAUUUUCCAAGGGUUAAGAUAAUUUUUUUUGAUACUUCGUACUGUUAAUCGUUAUUUUUCUCUCAAAUACUUGAUUUUUAAGUAAAUACGUCAACAAAUAUGGAUUAAAUUAAAGAAAGUUGUA